AUGACACGCGUCUACAGGUCACCGGGCAGCAGUCUCCACGACAGCCUGCGACCGUGGACCCGAGUCUUUCAUUCUCUCCACUCCCAUCUGUUGCAGAUUGCUUAUGCAAAGAUCGAGGGAGACCACAUAGUGGCUGCAGCCUACUCCCAUGAGCUGCCCAAAUAUGGCAUCACCGUCGGCCUGACUAACUAUGCCGCGGCCUACUGCACUGGCCUGCUGCUGGCUCGCCGGCUCCUCAGCAAGUUUGGGCUGGACCAAGUGUACGACGGGCAGGUGGAGGUGACGGGCGACGAGUUCAACGUGGAGAGCGUGGACGGACAGCCGGGGGCCUUCACCUGCUACCUGGAUGCCGGCCUGGCCAGGACCACCACGGGCAACAAGGUGUUCGGAGCACUGAAGGGGGCGGUGGACGGAGGGCUUGCUAUUCCUCACAGUCUAAAACGGUUCCCUGGUUAUGAUGUGGAGAGCAAAGAGUUCAACGCAGAUUUGCACCGGAAACACAUCAUGGGUAUGAACGUGUCCAACUACAUGACCUACCUGAUGGAGGAGGACGAAGACGCCUACAAGAAGCAGUUCUCCAGGUUCAUCAAGAACGGAGUCGCGCCAGACACAGUAGAAGAAAUGUACAAAAAAGCACACGCCGGCAUCAGAGCAAGUCCAAUUCACGUAAAGAAACCCAAAAAAGACGUCAAGAAGAAGAGGUGGAACCGCGCCAAGUUGUCUCUGGCACAGAGGAAGGACCGCGUCGCCCAGAAAAAGGCCAGCUUCCUUCGAGCGCAAGAACAAGAGGCAGGGGACGGUUAGACCUGGGCCCCCUGCCUCCACGGCCUCUAACUCGCACACAAAUAAAUUUAUUACAAACUCCUGCUGGGUCCUGUCGUCCAACUGUUUAAAAGAUUUUGAAACCGUUUGUUUCAUCGGGAUAGACUUGUCUGGGUAUAAAAUCGACCUAAUAUAAAGGCAAGAAAGAUCUGGGGAAAAAUAUAUAUUUAGUGGUAUGUUUUUAUUGUGCAAAAUCAUGCUGGUUUUCAACUUCAAAAAAGUACUUGCAUAUCCAUACAGCAACGACAUCAAUGACUACAGACAAUGCAUUCUUUCACUCAAAGUGAUAUGACAAUACAUUUAUGAUAACAUUUCAAUUCAUGACAGCUUCUUUCAGCAGAGGAUUUGUUUUCACGUCAGCAUUCAGAUAAUGGACUAGAUUCCCAAAGUUUGCCAUUUCCUUAAGUUUGACGAGGUAAACAUUCAGCGUUUUAAGAAUUCUGUUUUAUGGCACUAAUUGAGUGAAACCCAAAUCACAAGUGUAGAACUCAACCUAGGGUGAAAUUAAGGCAUUUAAAGAUUGCCAUCGAAAAUGUAGGACUAGAAGUGUCUGCACAGUAUUCGACUGCUGUACAGAACACUAUCGAUCUCUUUUGAAGCUCAUUGGGUGUCUCCUCUUCACUUAAUGGAACAGGGCCAGUCACAUAAGCCCCAUGUAGUUGACGCCUUUUAACCUAUAACAUUAACUGCUCUCGGAUGAGCUAAACUAGCCUACGCGACAACAUUCUUGUCAAAUAUGUAUAUAUAUAAUGUCCAUCAGCAUUUAUGAUGUGUGCAAUUGUAGUGAUCCGACGUCGUGGAACAUAAAAUAGGACAGUUUGUCGGCUAUCCGCUAUUGGCUCCUCUGUCACAGCAGCAUCCUCCCUAUUGGCUCCUGUCACAGCA